AUGGUGGAUUUGCCAGAUCGCGGCCAGUCAAGCCCAGCCAUGGACGAACAGAACACCUUCGUGGACGACGAGUGGGCGUCGCUCUUACUCGAUUCAUCAGCCGUGCCUCUCGCGGACAUCGAUAUUUCAGCUUUUGCCAACCUAUCAAGCGAUAUGCUAGAGCCGUUCCGCGACGAGACUACCAUACCGCAGGAUGAAGCAGGAGCAGCUGUUGACGUGGAACUCGGAAACCGGCCGUUUAGCGAACCGUUUCCGUUUAACACAACCGACGCGCUUUUUUGCGAUGAAGGUGGCGAUAUUCGCACAGCCGGUGGGUCGAUGCUAGUCGAUACGCCUCCUAGCGGCCGGUCGUCGCCCGAGCCGUUAGCUUCCGUCAACGAUCACGGCCUGCCGUAUCUGGUGCAAGGAGGUAGCCAUGGCGCCGACGGCAGCAGCGACGGUGACUGCGCCUGUGGUGACUGUAGAAGCGGUGAUUGUGAGAGCGGUGGCUGUAAGGAGGGGAGCAGUCAGGUUGGGAGUCCGUGGCAUCAGUCAAGCGCCAUGUCAGCAGUUCCGUUUGCUGCUGCUGCUGCAGCUCCGCCGUGUGCCGCUACCCCUCCGUCGGCUACAGGCGUGGUGUCAAGCAUGGGCGGAUUAUUCGCCGGCAUGUUGCCGUCUUCCCAGAAUUUGGGGACACUGGAUGCUGCCACGUCUACGGUUGCAAACGGCGUCUUUUCCCCUGGAAACGCAAGUUAUGGGAACGUUCUAAAGGAGUGCGAAAGCGGGGGAGCAGAGGCGCGGGGAUCGGUUGCUGGUGGCGGGAGUGGCGCUGCCGUUGCGGCGGAAGAUGCGGGCAGCGAGCCGAGCGAGGGGGAUGCGGGGGAAGGUGAGGGGGAGGGGAGGGAUGCGGAGACGGAGAAGCGGGAGGCUAGGCUGAUUAGAAAUCGGGAGAGUGCGCAACUUUCGCGGCAAAGGAAGAAGUAUUACAUGGACGAGCUGGAGGCGCAGAUCCGCACCAUGUCCGCGGCGGUGGCGGAACUUAACUCCGCCGUCGCGCAUCUCACCGCGGAGAACGUCAGCCUCCGCCGCCAGCUCGCCUUCUUCUACUCCUCCCCUUCCGCCGCUUCCGCCGCGUCCGCCGCCGCUGCCGCUGCAGCAGCUGGAACUGGAGCUGCUGCAGGGUCGGCGGGUGCGUUAGGUUCGGGAAUUGCCGCAUCAGGCCCGGCACGAGGCUCGGGUAGACGCAGAAGGGGAGGUUCGGCAGCAGCGGCUGUAGCGCCUCCCAGUGCACUCUCGCCCGGUCUUGUUCCUCCGAUCCUGGGAGGACUGGCUGGGAUUGGAAGCAUGGGGGGAAUAGGGUUACCACUCGGGGCGUUAGGGUUACGCGGUUUGUUCCCCCCCGCUCCGCCUGUCCCGAUUCCGAAGCUGAAGAACGUGAGCCGGCCGGAGUCCGCGCGCAAGAAAAAAGGCGCGCCUGGGGGGAGUGGCGCGAAGGCGAGCGGUGGGGAGAAGGACAGGGGCGCGAAGAAGCAGAAGAUGGAAGGAGAUGCGCAUGUGGGUGCCACGAAAGCUGCGGAUACUGCGGAAGCUGCUGCCACUCCUGCUGCUUCUACUGGCGUAGCAGCUACAGCAGCUGCCACCGGGCCUGUCAGGCCCUCCUCGCCACCCCGUGCUGUCUCCGCCGCCAAGGCACCCGCUCUCGCCCUCGCCAUGUUCGGUUUCUUCCUGAUCCUCUGCCCCUUCCUGCCGCCUAGCGGCGAACUGACACGUGGCGUGGCGCCGGCGUAUCCAGGCUGGCAGAGCAGCGUUACGAGCUGGCAGGGCAGCGGGACCGGUCGUUGGGAGCAAGUGGCCGGGGCCUGGCGCGAGGGAUGGCGUUGGUGGGGUGGUGGCGCGCCGAGGGGCGCAGGGAGGGGAGGGGUUCCGCGGGGAGAAGAGUGGGGAGGAGGGUUGGGAGGGGGUGGGUCGUUGAGGCCAGGAGGGCGGGUGCUGCUGGGUCUGGGGGAGGAGGAGGAGGGCGGGGAGGGGGGGAGGCAUGCAGUGGGAGGGGACGGAAUGGGCGUAUGGUGGAGGGACAGAGGGAAUGGCAGCAUGAGCGGUUCAUUACCACAGCAGCAGCACGGUCAGCACUCGUCUUCUCUGCACUCCUCUUCCCUGGGCGCGUCGGCGUCGGCUUUGAACCCUGUGUGGAGGCACAGGGUGGUGAGCGGCGCUCGGGUGGAGCAGCAUGCUGUUGACAGGCAGCAGCAGCGGUUCCCUGCCUUCGCAGCGGUGUCACGAGGCCAGGUGCCCAACCUCACAGCCGGCAGGGCUGCAGCAGACAGGGUUACAGCAGAUAGUCCUAGAGAUGGCAGGGAUGCAGCAGAGAGAGCGAGAGCGGCAGGCAAGGCCCUUGUGCCGUGGCGCCAGUGGUCACCUGCAAGCACGCUCAGGAGCCAGUCAGCAGGUAGUGCGAGAGGCCCUCUGUUCCAGUCGCAUACAUGCACGGAGCUCUUCCGGUUUGACUCCCAUCCAACCCAAGCGGCGCAGGAGGGGGAGGCACAGGAUGGGGCAGGAGAGGCAACGACACAUUCAGCAGGCAGCAGCAGCAAGAGGAACUCAUCUGGUGGCUGUGCAGGCAGUGGCAGUGCAAACUCCAGUGCAACGGACAGAAGCAGAAGCAGUGGGGGCCACAUUCCGGGUUCCUCACAUCUCAACUCCGCCACAGCUUCCGCAAGAACGACCACCAGCUCCGGCAGCAGCAGCAGGGUCACCGAGGAGACUAAGCCCUUCUUGCCUGUGCCUGUACCUGUGCCUGUGCUGUCUCGCCGCAUGUUCUUGCGGAGGCGGUAUUUGAACGAGCUGCCAGCGUCAAAGCAGGCCAUUCCUCUGCCUGACUCCAACCAGGCCAUUCCCCUCCUGCCUCCCACUCAUGACUCUGAUGGGGUUGUGAAUACAGGAGGUCGGCACAGCGGCGCCAGCAGCACGACGAGUGAUGAUGUGGGCAGCAGCUUGGAACACAAUGCAACUACUGAGGGGAGUCCGAUUCGGUCGGUCCCAGUUGCAGUGCCUGGUCAGCAGCAGCAGAGUGGGUUUGGCCGGCAGAGCGCGUUCGCACAGCCUGAACCAGUCGUUGUGUCGAUUCUCUCGGACUUUGAUGCAAGUAGCGUGGGAAGUUUUUUCCAGAGUGGGACGAGGGGAUUCGCUGCAGGAUUUGCCGGGCCGGAUGGGGGUGUGGGGUCAGAGAGAGUGAAUUCAGAGCGAAUGGGCAAAGGUGCGGAGGAGGAGGUGAGUGGAGGGAUGGGUGGAAGUGUUGUGGUGAUGGUGACUAGUGGGGGGAAGAGUGUGGCUUAUGCUUGUGCUUUAGGUGGCUCUAAAGGGAAGAGCAAGGUCGGUGGGCUUGUACAUGCAUAG